AGCCCCGGGGCUCGCUCGCUCGUUGGCUGGCUCCCGCCUUGGCCCCGGCCUUGGCCUUGGCCUCGGCCUCGGCGUCGGCAGGCUGAGAGACGCUGGCCGCGCGGGAGGAUCAUGGCCGAGGGGGCGGGCCCGAAGGGGUCUGGGGAUUCCGUUUCCCAGCGUUUUGUGUACGAGGUGCCGGCCUGGAUCAUGUGUCGCUUCUACCAAGUGAUGGAUUCCCUGGAGUCGACGGACUGGUACAAGUUCGCAUCCCUCAUUGUUCAGGACCAGACAGAACUGCGGCUGGGGGAGCGUUUUCAUGAUCGAACGGCCAGGAUCAUGUGGCCUUGGAUUAACAAAAAUGCCCGGGUUGCUGACCUCCUUCAUAUCCUCACUCACCUACAACUGCUUCGAGCCCGAGAUAUCAUCACCAGCUGGGACCCUGAACCCCCAUCAUUGCUCCUUGCUGCCUCAACCUGCACACCCACCCCUCCAUGGCCCCCUCCUCACCCAAAGCCCACUAGCCUCAAUAAGGAAGAGGGAGCCAGGCCUCCCAAGGUGCCACCAUCUGCCUCGACCUUCCCUUCCCCAGGUUUCCCCUCAGAUUCCCGGUCCUUCCCUUGCCCUACCCCGAGCCCUGCACCCCAAGGGGCUGGGCCAUUCGGCUCUAACACCUCCUCUUCUUCCGCAAAGCAAGGAGAAGAGAACAAAAUCUCCCCAGUGCAUUGUGCCAACCCAUCCCCCUUCCGCUGGCCCUUCCUUGAGAUCGCCCAGGCCACCUGCAACUUCUCAGAGGAGCUGAAGAUUGGCGAGGGAGGCUUUGGCUGUGUGUACCGGGCUGUGAUGAGAAACACUUCCUAUGCUGUUAAAAGGCUCAAGGAGGAUGCCGAGCUGGAGUGGAACACCAUCAAGACAAGCUUUGGCACUGAAGUGGAGAAGUUGUCUCGGUUCCGUCACCCAAACAUCGUGGACUUUGCUGGCUACUGCAUUCAAGACAACAUCUAUUGCCUGGUCUACGUCUUCCUACCCAAUGGCUCCCUGGAGGACCAGCUGCACUCUCAGAAGCUAGGUGAAACCCACGUCUUUGUAGUAGGCAUCUGCUCUGUGCUUGCCAAUCACCAUGCCAAAUAUUAA